GCUUUGUGACGUUUUAAAAAUUCAGCAGGCAGGGUCGGCAGUUGCUUUACUACUGAGAGAAGAAAAUCCGUUGUUGUGGAGCGGAAGAAAGGCGAAGAAGAAAACCGAGGAACGUUAAACGUACACACGCACGAGCGUUUAAAGCCCAGCGUUUGCGGGUCGUUUUUCUUCCUGCUUAUUAUUUUCCGUUUUGUUUAGCUAUAAUGGCUUGUGGAGCUACGUUAAAGCGGUCGAUGGAGUUUGAGGCCCUCCUCAGUCCCCAGUCUCCCAAGCGGAGAAGGUGCAAUCCACUACCGGGGACUUCUAGCACUCCGUCCCCUCAAAGAUGCAGCCUCCGUCCCGCGGUCGACAGCCCGGCGCAUUCGAUGUCUCCUCCGGCUACUGGCGGCGAACACAGGCUCACUCCAGAGCAAAUCUUCCAGAACCUCCGUCAGGAGUACAGCAGGAUCCAGAGGCGGCGGCAACUGGAAGGGGCCUUCAACCAGACUGAGGCCUGUAGCUCCAGUGAUGCCCCCAGCCCCAGCUCCUCUCUCAAUGCUCCCAGCUCCCCACCAGGUGCCUCAAGGAAGGACCAGCCUUCGUUUACGCUGAGGCAGGUGAGCUACCUGUGUGAGCGCCUGCUCAAAGACCACGAGGAGAAGAUCCGGGAGGAGUACGAACAGAUCCUUAAUACAAAACUUGCAGAACAAUAUGAAUCUUUUGUAAAAUUCACACAAGACCAGAUAAUGCGAAGAUACGGAGCUCGACCUGCUAGUUAUGUGUCCUGAGCUCACAUCCGUGUGAUCCCGGCUUCCUCUAAUAAGAUGGCUGCUCUUCUACUGCCUCCUUCCAGUUGAUUUACAUUUUAUUUCCCUAACACCGCCCCCUCGUCCCUUCUCAAACUGUUUGGGUGCCAUGAUUUAUCCACUUUUUAAUCCAGAAGUUGGUUUCUUACUUCAAAAUUAUUGCUGCUGGCCAAACUUAGAAAAGUCUGAGAGAAAAUCUGUAUGAAGCCCGCUAUCUUUUGUUUGUUUUGUUGUUUUUUUUUUUUUUCCCCUUCUCUUUUAUUUUUUUUCAAAUAUGCUUUUCUGGACUUCCUCACUAAAGCAGAUGUUUGUUGAAUCUCUUGCCAGCGCUGUAGAAAAAGCUUAUUGGCUUGUGACCGUUCUGUAUAACCUUCCAGCAGCUGUAUCUACUGGCUCCUGCUUCUCACCUUGUCCCACUUUACUGUCCCCCCUUUCCCAACCUCCCUCCUCACAAAACUUACCCAAAAUGUGGAUUUUUCUCCCUUUUGAAAAAAAUAAAAGUUCUGUGACUAAAA